AUGGCAGCUUUGGCAGCAAUUGUGUGUAAUACAUUCGUCCAAGCGUACCAGUUGACGUGCAUUUUUGUCCAGAGUGGCGGAUCCCUUCGUCACAUGCGACACUUCCUCAUUGUCCAGAGAAAAAAUCACAAAAUACACAAUUACCUCCAAUCCAACGGCCUUGAAGCAUCAGUAAAUACAUCCAGGUGCUAUCUGAACACUCACCCAGUAGAGUUUUCCGUGGACAAUGCAACCAUGACGGAUGCCGAUGUUGUCUACCGCUGCCCCAUUAUCCUGGAACCCCGAGAUGGGCUAAGUGUUCGUAUUCUGGGAGAAAUUCUACCUACAUGUGAGAGAUUCUCAAUAAACUUGGUACUAAACACCCCAGAGCGUGAUAUAGCUCUCCAUAUUAAUCCCCGACUACCGCAGAACUACAUCGUACGUAAUAGUCGCGUGGGUGGAGUGUGGGGCAAUGAGGAGAGAACUUCAGCCCUACCAUUCAGCCUACAUCGCGGUUCGAGUUUCAUCAUCCAAAUCCUCUUUACAACCUCCAGCUACUUGAUCUCCGUCAAUGGACGUCAUGUGGCAGCCUUCGCGCAUCGGCUACCCUUCACGAAAGUCAAGUGCGUCGAGGUGAAGGGUGACGUGCACGAUGUUCAGAGUGAUCAAGUCUACGCGGAGACGUACCCGGAAAAGGUGAAGAAUUCGAAUAGAAUUCAAACUAUUCGACAUCUCGAGGAUGAUGAGGAUCCUACGGUGGCCUUAAAUGACAAUAAAAUUCUCGUGCCAUUCUACGGACGCCUUCAGAGUCCCUUCAAGAAUGGGCAUCUGCUCCACAUCCGCGCACGCCUCAAACUCCUGCCACAUUCAUUCUACAUUAAUCUCCAGAUGGGCGAUAAAAUCUGGCCACAUCCCCUCAUUUACUUCCACUUCAAUGCACGAUUUGCCAACACAGGUGGCAGGCACAUAAUCUGCCAGAAUUCAUGGAUGACCGGGGAUUGGGGGCGUGAGGAACGCAGUGAGUGCCCCAUGGAAUUUGUGCCGGGAAAGGUGUUUGAUUUGCGUAUUGCAUCAACUUUAUACACUUACAAUGUGUUCCUGGAUGGAUGUCUCAUUUCGGAAUUUAUUCUACGUGAGGGCGAUGCACAGGAGCCAUCAUUCCAGCCGGACACUGUCUACGUUCAAGGUGAUAUCCAGUUAUUGGGCAUCUACGUACAAAAUACCUACGAAGAGUACCCUAUUGAGGAGUAUUAAAUUCAUCGCUACGGGAGAGCCAAAGAUUAUGGGAAAAAACUCCCGGAGGAUUAGUUGUUUCCGCAGGCCAAUUUGUUAGUCUUUAUGUGCAAUUUCUUCAAUAAUAAUUAUACCUACUUGAAAAUUGUUAAAUUAGGCCCCUAUAUUUGGGCACUUUUACUGCAAAAAUUGCUUUAUCUAUAUGGGAUCUUUCCGGACAUACUUAAAGGGAGGGCACAAAUCAAUGUAAUCCUCAAUUUCCCCACAAACCGUUCAUGGGAAAAGAAAUUGUGAUGUAGCAUUUCAAUAAAUGUUAAUAUUAUUGCUAAA